GUCGUCGAGGAACCCAGGGAACCUACUAGCCACCCGGGGACAAGACUCUGGCCCCUGGGGCGGUCCUUCGCUCUUCCUCGUCCGCUCCGUGCCCGAGAGCUGCGCCCGGAGCGACAUGGAGGAGGCUGGCGCUCGGUGUGCCCCGCCGCUGCCCGCGAGCUCCCAGACAGGCCUUUCUGCAGCCAACCUCUCCGCCGCGCCCCCCCACAACUGCAGCGCCGAGGGCUACAUUUACCAGGACUCCAUAGCCCUGCCCUGGAAAGUCGUCCUGGCCGCGCUGCUGGCGCUCCUCACCUUGGCCACCACGCUCUCCAACGCGUUUGUGAUCGCCACUGUGUCCCGGGCGCGGAAGCUGCACACCCCCGCCAACUACCUGAUCGCCUCCCUGGCGGUCACCGACCUGCUGGUGUCCCUCCUGGUGAUGCCCGUCAGCACCGUGUACACGGUCACGGGCCGCUGGACGCUCGGCCAGGCGGUGUGCGACUUCUGGCUGUCCUCGGACAUCACCUGUUGCACCGCUUCCAUCCUGCACCUCUGCGUCAUCGCCCUGGACCGCUACUGGGCGAUCACGGACGCCGUGGAGUACUCGGCCAAAAGGACCCCCACGAGGGCGGCGCUCAUGAUCGCGCUCGUGUGGGUCUUCUCCAUCUCCAUCUCGCUGCCGCCCUUCUUCUGGCGUCAGGCCAAGGCCGAGGAGGAGGUGUCGGACUGCGUGGUGAACACGGACCACAUCCUCUACACCGUCUACUCCACGGUGGGCGCUUUCUACUUCCCCACCCUGCUCCUUCUCGCCCUCUACGGCCGCAUCUAUGUGGAAGCCCGCUCCCGGAUUCUGAAGCAGACGCCCCGCAGGCCCGGCAAGCGUCUGACCCGAGCGCAGCUGGUCACCGACUCCCCGGGCUCCACGUCUUCGGCCACCUCCAUUAAUUCGCGGGCUGCAGACGUCGCCAGCGAAUCGGGGUCUCCCGUGUACGUGAACCAGGUCAAAGUGCGCGUCUCCGACGCCCUGCUGGAGAAGAAGAAGCUCAUGGCCGCUAGGGAGCGCAAAGCCACCAAGACCCUGGGCAUCAUUUUGGGAGCGUUCAUUGUGUGUUGGCUGCCCUUUUUCAUCAUCUCCCUGGUGAUGCCCAUCUGCAAGGAUGCCUGCUGGUUCCACCUGGCCAUCUUUGACUUCUUCACGUGGCUGGGCUAUCUCAACUCCCUCAUCAACCCCGUCAUCUACACCAUGUCCAACGAGGACUUCAAACAAGCGUUCCAUAAACUGAUACGCCUCAAGUGCACACGCUGACUUGCCGAUUGCGGUGGGGUCGCCCCAGCGGCCUUUG